AUUAUAAACAAGAAAAUGAACUUGGACAAAAAAAUUAUGAGUUUGAACAAGAAAUCUAUGAAUUCGAGCAAGAAAAUGAAAUUGAACAAGAGAACUAUGAAUAUGAACAAGAAAAUGAAAUUGAACAAGAGAAUUAUGAAUCUGAACAAGAAAUCUAUAAAUCUGAACAAGAAAAUGAAAUUGAACAAGAGAAUUAUGAAUCUGAACAAGAAAUCUAUAAAUCCGAUCAAGAAAAUGAAAUUGAACAAGAAAACUAUGAACCUGAACAAGAAAAUCCAAGAAUAUUUAAUGGCCAAAAGUAUUUUUUUUCAAAUGAAGAUAAUUCAGAAUUUGAACCUUUUAAAUCAUUUACAAUAAUGGCUUUUUUUAUAUGGAUAACAAAAUAUAUGAUUUCAACCACUGCUUAUCGAGAUCUUAUUCAAAUUCUUAAACAUCCUCUAUUUGAAGUUAAUGAAUUAUGUUCUAAUUUACAAAAACUCAAAAAAUAUCGUGAAAAAUUACCAUUAAUGGAAAUACGAAGUCAUAAAGUGCCAGUAAAAAUUCAUAAAACUCCUUCUACUACCAAAGAAACAACUCAAGCCUAUUAUUUUUCACUUAUUGAACAUUUAAAAAGAAUAUUACAAAAUCCUAUUAUUAAUUCAAAAUUAUAUUUUGGACCAGGAGUUUAUAAUGAAACAUGUGAAGAAUUUUGGCAUGGAGAUCUUUGGGCUGAGUCACCUUUAUUUGUCAAUCAAAAAUUAAUACAACAAAAG